UUUCGAUUGCCUGGUUUUGGCGCGGCUCGCGGUCAGUCGUAUGGCACGUGGCACGGGCCAGAGAAGAAGAAGCCGGAGCGUUGCACGAGUUGCCCGCGGCGAACGUACUGGCUAUCGGAAGACGCUUCUCGCAGCAAAUGCCCAACGACGAGGCGCCGAGCAGCUCUGGCCCUCGCGCUGUCGUGGCGCUUGUCGUUCUGCUCGCGACACUACUUCUUUCCGGAUUGGUGGCACUCGUGUGGAUCUUGAUGAACGAGUUUACAAGCUCCAGUGGUGCAUUGCCCGAAGUCCCGCCAUUCUGCUGCCCCGACGCCACGGAGACGAUACUGACGCUGGCCAACCUGUCAAACGAUCCGUGCACUGACAUUCUCAGUUAUGCCUGCUACAAAAAGAGUGGAGUGGACCGCAGCGCGAUUGCGGAUCGAGUGUUCACAUCGCUCGUGGUUCACCCUACUCUCCAGGCCAUACUGCGCUCACCGGUCAGCGAUAUAAUUUGGUGGAACCACAAGAGCUGCCUCAUCGCAGGCGUCAAAAAUCUGUUCACUGCAGAGAACGCAGUGGAAGCCGUCAUGGACCUCUUUCGCCGCUGGUCGGGAACCUCUACAAGCACGGCGCGAAACGUGGACUUGAUCAAGCUUGUGGGUCUGCUACACUUCAGGUACGCAAUUGCCAGCGUGUUAUACAUGUACUACAAAUUAUCAUUCGAGAAAAAAGAAUCCACCUACGUCAUACGCGUUCAGCUUGCGCCAUAUAUCGAUUUAGAAGCGUCAAGUGCCGGACAUGCCAUGUUCGAGGCUGCCAGGAGACACGCUGGCAUAAACGCUACGCAGGCAGACGUGCUUAGUCUAAUUCGCCGAUUACGCAUGACGCGCAAGACCUCUGAUAGUGAGCACUCUAUCGUCCCGAUACCGUUGUUAGGCGAACAGUUUCCAAAGGAGGGCAUAUCUACGUGGCAAGAGAUGUUGAGCGCAUUCCCAGUGAUUGCCAUCGAAAACCCUCCCGACGUCGCGGCAGUCUUAAGCAUAUUGACGGACAAAAACAUCCUCGUUCAAGCAGCCGCGCUACUGUACUUCGCCAUACACUCGACGCUGGCCACGUUUGACGACGAAAUUGGGCAGGAGGCUAGCGGAGUGGAUCACGCGGCGCUUUGCGAAAUACUAACCAUGAGACUUUCUCCAUUCUGGGAUGUGUUGGCGACGCAGCAGAUGACUAGCCCAGACCGUGACCAGGUUGUGCUGGAAAUGUUUAACAAGAUCUCUGAAGCCGUGAUUGCGGACGCCCAAGUUUUCUUCUCUGCCCACCUGGACGCCAACGCGGUGCGGAGUGUGGUGCGAAGCAUUCAUAUUGUUUUGCCUGAAAACCUGACUGCGCCCUACAAGCGCCAUCUGCCCUCCAUAAGCGAGAACUACUUCGAGAAUAAGUUUGAAAUUCGGAGCUUCUAUUAUCAGAUACGCAGCAGCAGUGCUCUGCGGGGCCUCUCUGCGUUGUACAGUCGGCGCGUCGACUUGUCUCACACAUCCCUCGUGAGAUUCGGCAACCAGAUCGCCGUUACGGCAAGCGUCUACGCGCUUCUCAGUUUCGGCAAGGAGACCGCCGGAGGAAACCGCAGCAUAGCCGACGGCGCAGGUGUCAUCAAUGCGGCCGUGCUGGGCGUAAUGCUUGCCGACGUCCUAUGGGAGAAGAUUUUCGAACACGCACAACGGGACACCGACAGCUGGGAAGGGCUGGCAGCGCACCUGCGCUGCCUUCGACGACAAAGUGGAGGUGUUGUGGACACUGAACUGAAGUACCCAAUUUUGUCGAUGUCAGCCGCGGUCCGCGCCUUUGCAACACCCAGCUGGCACGACCGGGCCCCGGUAUUUGGCUACCACAGAUUGUCGGCCAGCCAGGUGUUCUUCAUACUCUUCUUUGUGCACCACGUUUGUCUCCCGAGGGGUUCCUAUGGGAGUGGAGUGAGAGCGUCGGCGCAGAUGCGGAACUUCGAGGAGUUCUUCAAGGCUUUCGACUGUGCGGGGACGCCUAUGCGGAACGCAGUGGACGCCUGCGGAAAGCCGCGGCGAUGAGUGACGCGCUGUGUGUCCUCUAGCACCUGUGGAACUACGAGACGACAACGAGGGCAGCAACGAGAAUCAUGCUUAUUGGUGUGCCACCGCACAGUUCGAGAACAACUCGCACGAACAUUGGUCUCAUUUCCCUUUCGCAGUGCCCUAUUUUGCAUCUAAAUGUUUCCAUCACUUGCGAAACUGUUUCUGCGUUUCCGAAUUUGCCAAGCUGCUUUAUUGUGAUAUAUAUGGAACUAGCGUGAAGGAUGGCGGUCGUGUAGAAUUUUUUUUCUGGUUCGUGAGUUUCUCUGCGUAAUUUAUUUUGUCGCCCGGCGGUUUUCAAAAAUAAUGGCUCCUGCUUUAGCGUAGCUGGUGAACAUAGAUAAUAUCAGUGCUGUCAGUAGGAAUCGCUUUAAAGGCGUGUUACAGACUCUUUGUUGCUUGUUGUGUAGAUUUCCGUGGAUCGAAACGUGUUCAGUGGGCUACUCUACAGUGACGAACUUUUCGACACCUAGUGCUGUUCGGGAACUGCUCUGUUAUGUGGUCUUCAAAUAUAGGGCGUUACUUUACGUUCCUUUAUGUCGAGAGAACUGCACAUUCGUAAGCCUUGGCGUCAGUUUUAGCAGAUUUAUAAACGUCCUGCGGGUUUUGUUUGGGCAUGACGGCUGUUUACAUCUCAUUAGUUAACGUGAACAAUUCUUGGCUGUAGCUGGUAAGAUAUUCCCCUUGUGCGAGCACAACAGUCCUCUUUUAAGGAGGACCUUGUUUAAAAGCCACACACACAUUUAAGCUAUUCUUCAAGCUUGAACAGUAGCUUGUAUUGUUCUAUAGCGUUGAACAAUCCCUAACAAUUGCAGUGCGGCUUACACUGCCGAGAAACGCUUAUGCAUUUUAAGCCAAGACGAGCGCAUUUUUGACUCUGAUCAGCACCUUUGCGUUAUCAAGAUAGCACGAGCACGUUCCGAAUAAAAGCGUUUACCUGCGCUCUGUAA